AUUUUCAUUUGUUUUUCAGAAAAAGAGCAACAGGAAGCAAUUGAACACAUUGAUGAAGUACAGAAUGAAAUAGACAGACUGAAUGAACAAGCCAGUGAGGAAAUUUUGAAAGUAGAACAGAAAUACAAUAAACUCCGCCAACCAUUCUUCCAGAAGAGGUCAGAAUUGAUCGCCAAAAUCCCAAAUUUCUGGGUAACAACAUUUGUCAACCACCCACAAGUAUCUGCACUGCUGGGAGAAGAAGAUGAGGAAGCACUGCAUUAUUUGACCAGAGUCGAGGUGACAGAAUUUGAAGACAUCAAAUCAGGUUACAGAAUAGAUUUUUAUUUUGAUGAGAAUCCAUACUUUGAAAAUAAAGUUCUCUCCAAAGAGUUUCACCUCAAUGAAAGUGGAGACCCAUCUUCAAAAUCAACUGAGAUCAAAUGGAAAUCUGGGAAGGAUCUGACAAAACGUUCAAGCCAGACACAGAACAAAGCCAGUAGGAAGAGGCAGCAUGAAGAGCCAGAAAGUUUCUUUACCUGGUUCACUGACCACUCCGAUGCAGGGGCUGAUGAACUAGGAGAAGUCAUCAAGGAUGACAUCUGGCCAAAUCCGCUACAGUACUACUUGGUUCCUGAUAUGGAUGAUGAAGAGGGGGAGGGAGAGGAGGAUGAUGAUGAUGAUGAAGAGGAAGAAGGAUUGGAGGAUAUUGAUGAAGAAGGAGAUGAAGAUGAGGGGGAGGAAGAUGAAGACGAUGAUGAGGGAGAGGAAGGAGAGGAGGAUGAAGGAGAAGAUGACUAAUUGAACACUGAUGGAUUCCAAACCCCCUUUUUACCUUUUUAAUUUUUCUCCAGUCCCUGGGAGCAAGUUGCUGUCUUUUUUUUCUUGUGCUCAGUCGCCUUGUUCUCUUGAGGUCUCUUUUUCUCUCCUCUACACCAUGGUUCACAAUUUAUUUUGGGGGAAAUACCUUGAGCAGAAUACAGUGGAAAAGAAUCUACCAGUUUCUGUUUCAAGUCCAUUUUUAUCCCUUUCUGUCUCAAAACAAAAACUGUUUAUGGAAUCAACACACAAUGUUCUGUGGGAAAAAAGAAAACCUUCUGCUCCCUUCACUCUGCUGGAAGCUGAAGAGUGCUAGGCCCCUGUGUAGUAGUGCAUAGAAUCUAGCUUUUUUCCUUCUUUCUCUGUAUAUUGGGCUCAGAGAUUACACUGUGUCUCUAUGUGAAUAUGGACAGUUAGCAUUUACCAACAUGUAUCUGUCUACUUUCUCUUGUUUAAAAAAAAGAAAAAAUAAAAAAAAAUGGGGUUAUAGAAGGUCAGCUGGGGUGGGUUUCAGAUGUUUGGGUGGGUUAAGUGGGCAUUUUGACAACAUGGCUUCUUCUCCUUUGGCAUGUUUAAUUGUGAUGUUUAACAAACAUCCUUGCAGUUUAAGAUGACACUUUUAAAAUAAAAUCUUCUCCUAAUGAUGACUUUGAGCCCUGCCACUUGAUGGAGAAUCAGCAGAACCUGUAGGAUCUUAUUUGGAAUUGACAUUCUCUAUUGUAAUUUUGUUCUUGUUUAUUUUUAAAUUCUUUUUUUUUGUUUCACUGGAAAGGAAAGAAAGAUGCUCAGUUUUAAACGUUAAAGUGUACAAGUUGCUUUGUUACAAUAAAACUAAAUGUGUACACAAAGGGACUGGUUGGUCUUCACUGAAAGAAACAGUUUUAAUACCCUGUUUUGAACUUGGUUGUAGUUUCUUGGCAUUUUUGGGGGCAUUUGGUCAGUAUUUAGGUAGUGCAAUGCAACGUUGUGGUUGCGUGGACUGAUAAUCAGUUCAUUUAGUUUCCACUAUUUCAGUACUUGUAAAAUGUUUCAUUUGGUAGUUACUACUGCACACUCCAUUUCUUGAAUUACCUAACUCUGUAAGACAGGGCUGUAGGUGCAUAUGCCUUGUGUGAAGACAGAGGUUUAUAUUCAUGUUUUGCAAAAAGAAAAAUCACUUGAUUCUUAGAUUUAUUUUUUUUUAAGUAGUAACUUGAAGUACUGUAUCUCCAGUAAAUCGGUUUGCAUGAAAAGAUCAUGCAAGCUCAGAAUAAAAAGACCAAGGGGUCUUAUAAUAAGAUUGGCUCUUUUUGUAAGUCUUUUCAGUUGAAAAUAAAUCUUAAAUGCAAGCUAAUUUUUGGGCUAUUUCAAGAGCAAGAUUCUUAGCGAAGCUCGUGUAUAAAAAGUUGCUACUUCGCUGCUUUCUUUCCUUGGUGGCAGCAUGUAUAUAUGCUUUAGAUAUACUGUACUCUUUUUCAUUUUAAAGAGACUGCAUUUGAGUAGCUUGUAACACUUUCACAUAGAGGUUGUUGGUACUGGUAUUCCACAAAGUGUAAUGAAAGUUGUUUUAACAUGCUGUGCUUUUGAAAUAUUUAAAAAAGUGUUGUAUCAGCUAAUCUAAGAUUCAAACAGCUAGUUCUCUUUGGAUGUGUAGAAAAGUCUGUCUUCUGGGAAGACUUGCUGUUAUAUUAUCUGAUUCCUUUUCCUCACAGAAUUUGCUAUAGUCAAAUUCAGCUUUUUUUUAUGCUUAAGAAUACACUUAGCAGACCAAGAUUAAUCUCUAUUUGAGACAUGCCCAAAUAACGUGCGUGGGGGAAACAUGCUGUAAGUGUCUGGUCCAGCUUGGAUUCAAUCCAGUUAUCGGAGACAAUACGACGUCCAGUCUGCAUGUGAUCAAUGCAAAAAUAAGGCAACCAUUUACUUUAUUCCAUCUCAACGAAAGCUGCCCUGAUCCUGCUUGCAGAGCAAAGUGAAAUGUUAAUUGGUAAUGGUUUCUCACCGUCUAGAGAGAGAAGGAACAAAACCUAUGAAGUGUAUAAAUUUUAGAUUCUUUUUCAUUUGAUUCCUUUUUGUUGUAAGAUUGAAAACCACUUCCUGUUGUGGUAGAGGGUCGAUGUGCUAUUACUUGCCCUGAUGCCUCGUUACUUGAUUUGUAUGUAGUCCUAAUUGAUUGUAGUUCUUCAAAGAAAAGAAUUUUUUCCUAGUCUUUAAUGCUGUAGGAAAACUACUGUGCCAUUGUUGUUACACCCCUGUUGGCUACUAGCAGAAAACCUAUAAAAACUGUUUGGAAAGUAAUCAAAGCUUCAGGUUCUGUAAAGUCAAAUACCAUGAACAAGAAAUGAGAAGUCUGGAUAAUGAAAUGCUACUUCUGAGAUUUUUCUUGCACGUUCUUUAGGAUUUUACAGGGUGCCAAAACACUCUUGCUACUGUACUGAUAAUACUGAAUUUCCUGUGAAACUUAAGGUUUACUCCUGGCAAUGGCUAAAGAGUAAACUAACGUGCUAAAAGAAUAAAUCAUAUUUGUUAAGUG